AUGACAGACAGCGAGAAAAAUACAAAUAAAUCAAAAUUAGCUAUCUUACCGAUUUACACGACCAUCGAACCACAGAUCUUGAACCAAAAUUUGACAAAAACAGAUUUAAUAUCUACAAAGUCACAUGGUCUAGAGGAUCAAAAUGAAGAAGUGGAUAAUUUUUUUGAAUCAGUAUCGAACUUAACGAAAAUGUUAGAUGCAAAAAAUAACGAUAAAACCAGUAAAAAUGAUAACCAUAUACUAAAUGAUGUUCCAUUGACAAAGGAUAUGGUUAUAAGUGCCAUCGACAAUAUUAUAAUCGAUUUGAAGAACGAUUUCAAAGUGGAGUCGACGAMUUUUCUGCGGCCAGAGGUACAGAAACCCCACAUUGACGACAGCCAAACGAAUACUACAGCUUUAAGAAGUGUAGUGAUAAAUGAAAAUCAGUCCGAAAAAGUUAUAACAACCACAGUAUUAUAUGAUCUAGAGGAUCAACGAGAAGAAGACGUGGAGUUGGAAUCAGAGAAUUUUAAAUCAAUUUUGAUUUCAACAACACCGUUACAUGUAAAUAAUAACACGGAAAACAUACCGAAUGAUGAGAAACUCACAAAUAACGAAGUUAUAAGUACCAUCGACAAUGUUUUAAUCGAUAUGACAAACGACGUCAAAAUGGAGUUAACAACUAUUGUUCCACAACCAAAAGAACACAGAGAGAACCCACAGAGAACACACAGAGAAGGCGUUCGAAUGAAUACUACAGCUUUAAGAAGAGAAAUGCAUAUAAAAAAAAGACUUCAAAAUAAUAAACACAAAUAA